UGUGAGAAUGUCGUAUGCAGCUAAUGUCACUGUUACAAAAGAGUUGAUUUUUCAAUGUCGAAGACGACUUAUAUUGAAGCCAUCGGAGCACAUUCGAUCAAUUCCGCAGCUUUUAGCUCUUGUUUUCGCCUUCAUCUCCUCUGAAUCAGGAAACCCAUCUCAGAACAAUGGGUUUUCAUGGGUUUUUCUUCUUCUUCUUCUUGAUCGGAGCUUUUGCCGUUUUCCGUUCGGUUCAAGCCCAAGAUCAAACAGGAUUCAUCAGUUUGGAUUGCGGGUUGGAGAAAAGUACAACGUACACAGAGAGAACGAUCAAUAUAACGUACGAGUCAGAUGCAAAAUACAUUGACAGUGGAGAAACCAACAAGAUCAAAAUUGAUCAGACACAGUUUCAGCAGCAGACUUGGUCCCUAAGAUACUUCCCGGACGGGCAGAGAAAUUGUUACGGUUUCAACCUUACGAGGAACCGAAAAUAUCUGAUAAGAGCUAUGUUCUUGUAUGGGAAUUAUGACGGUAGAAACGAGUUCCCGGAAUUCGAUCUCUACAUUGGUCCUAACAAAUGGACAACCAUUGACAUAAAAGGGGUAUCUAAUACUUCAAUGGUUGAGCUUAUUCAUGUCCUUACAGCGGACCGUCUCCAAGUUUGCCUUGUCAAGACAGGAAAAACAACACCGUUUAUCUCGUCUCUCGAGCUUCGACCUUUGAGAAACGACAGUUAUGUCACUCAGAGUGGAUCUUUGAUGAGGGAAUUCAGGGUCUACUUUGCCAACACUACAAGGUUCAUCAGGUUUGAAGAAGAUAUCCAUGACCGUUCUUGGAUUCCGUACUUCCAAACGGACUGGUCACAGCUAAGCACAAAUCAGGUUGUUAAGAAUGGUAACUUCUACGAGCCUCCCGAGCUUGCCAUGAGAACUGCCGCAGUGCCUGCAAAUGCAAGUGUUCCGCUGAACAUAGUGUGGAAUCUUGACGAUAUAUCUGCACAGUCGUAUAUAUACAUGCACUUUUCCGAGAUCCAGAACCUGACGACGAAUGAUACGAGAGUGUUCAACAUUACUUACAACAAUGGCAGGACUUGGUUCACGAGAUUCAGUCCUGAGAAUUUACAAGUAACCACGAUAUACAAUCCUGCAGCUGUGAGUUCUCCCGACGGGAAAUUCAACUUUUCGUUCGUUAUGACCGAUAACUCCACUCUUCCUCCACUUAUCAAUGCCCUCGAGGUUUACACAGUCGUAGACUUCCCGCUAUACGAGACAGACCAGGAUGAAGUUGAUGCUAUGAUGAAGAUCAAGGCCACAUAUGGAUUGAGCUCUAAACUUAGCUGGCAAGGAGAUCCGUGUUCUCCUCAAGAUUAUCGGUGGGAAGGUUUGAAUUGCAGCUAUCCGAACUCCGAUGCACCAAGAGUUACAUCUCUGAACCUGUCUGCAAGUGGGUUAACCGGUGUCAUAACGCCUGACAUAUCCGAGCUUACGCUACUGACAGAGCUAGAUCUAUCGAACAACGAUUUAACAGGAGUCAUUCCAGCGUUUCUCGGUGAUAUGAAGUCGUUAAAACUCAUAAACUUGCGUGGAAACCGGAAGCUGAAUCAAUCGAUUCCGGAUUCUCUUCGCCAGAAGAGUGAUUCUUUAACCUUGCUUUUAGAUGGAUCUCCGGAUAGAAAGAGUAGCAAAAACAAUAACAGCGUGCCCGCCGUUGCUAUAGCAGCACCGGUAGCUGGGGCUGCGGUUCUUAUGGUCAUCAUGGCCGUCUUCCUCGUCAUGAGAAGGAAAAAACGAAAAAGUGCAGGCACUCCCCAGCCCUCAUCAUUCGCAACUGAAUCGGAUACUGGAACGAAAAGGACAUCGGAUGCAAUGAUCAUAACAAAGGAACGGAAAUUCACCUACUCCGAGGUGCUGAAAAUGACGAAUAACUUCGAGAGGGUUCUCGGGAAAGGAGGCUUUGGAACGGUGUAUCACGGGCACUUAGACGAUAGUCAAGUGGCUGUGAAAAUGCUGUCUCAUUCCUCGGCUCAAGGGUACAAGCAGUUCAAGGCAGAGGUUGAACUUCUUUUAAGAGUUCACCACAGGAACUUAGUGAGCCUUGUGGGUUACUGUGAUGACGGCGAUAACUUGGCUCUGAUCUAUGAAUAUAUGGCAAAUGGAGAUCUCAAAGAACAUCUAUCCGGGAAACGCAGAAGCGACGCUCUCACUUGGGCGACAAGAAUGCGGAUAGCAGUAGAAGCGGCACAAGGAUUGGAGUAUCUGCAUAAUGGAUGUAAGCCUCCAAUGGUGCACAGAGACGUGAAAACGACAAACAUUUUACUGAGCGAGCAAUUCCAAGCGAAACUGGCGGAUUUUGGGCUCUCGAGAUCGUAUCCCGUCGAGGGCGAAUCACAUAUCUCUACAGUUGUUGCCGGGACACCCGGUUACCUUGACCCCGAGUAUUACCGAACGAACUGGUUAACCGAGAAGAGCGACGUUUACAGCUUUGGAGUUGCGUUGUUAGAGAUAAUCACGAACCAGCCAGUGAUAGACAAAAACAGGGAAAAGCCUCACAUCCCGGAGUGGGUUGGAUUCAUGCUUGUGAAAGGGGACAUCAGAAAUAUCGUGGAUCCGAAACUAAACGGGAACUACGACACGAACAGCGUGUGGAAGGCCGUGGAGCUCGCGUUGUCGUGCGUGAACCCUUCAUCAAGCAGAAGACCGACCAUGCCGCACGUGGUAAUGGAACUGAACGAGUGUUUGGCCUUCGAGACGUCGAGGAUGCAAGGCAGCCAAGAGAUGUAUUCGAGGGAUUCUCUCGAACUCACUGCCGCUUCCAUGUCGGAAUUCGCUCCGGGGGCGAGGUGAUGUGAAAGCCGCAACUUCUUAGUUUUCGAUUUCGUCGAUCACUGGGACAUAACUUCAUCCGUGGAUGCUUUCUUUGCGUUUCUAUGUCCUCAUCAAAUAUGAAAGUGCGAUGUUUUUCGUUUUCCGACAUGAUUGUUUCCAAAGAAGCAAUGUAUAUGAAAGGCCAAACACUAUGUUUUGUACAUGAAGUUGUUGUUAGAUUACGGAAAGACAAAACUAUGUCCUUCGGUUGUGGUGGGUGUACAAAGAAUGAAUACUUUGCCUUUAUUUAUCAUAUAAUUUGACCCGGUGA